UGUUCACAUACACUAUAUUGCCAAAAAUAUUGGGACUUCUCUCCAAAUCAUUGGAUUCAGGCGUUCCAAUCACCUCCAUGGCCACAGGUGUAUAAAAUCAAGCACCUAGGUAUGCAGACUGCCUCUACAAACAUUUGUGAAAGAAUGGGUCGCUCUCAGGAGCUCAGUGAAUGCAAACAUGGUCCCGUGAUAGGUUGCUACCUGUGCAAUAAGUCCAUCCGUGAAAUUUCCUUGCUACUAAAUAAUCCCCAUUCAACUGUUAGUGGUAUUAUAAUAAAGUGGAAGCAACUGGGAACAACAGCAACUCAGCCACAAAGUUGUCGGCCACGUAAAAUGACAUAGUGGGGUCAGUGCAUGCUGAAGUGCACAGUGCGCAGAAGUCGCCAACUGUUUGCAGAGUCAAUAGCUAAAGAUCUCCAAACUUUUUGUGGCCUUUAGAUUAGCACAACAACAGUGUGUAGAGAGCUUCAUGGAAUGGGUUUCCAUGGCUGAACAGCUGCAUCCAAGCCUUAUAUCACCAACUGCAAUGCAAAGAUACAGCGGUGUAAAGCACGCCGCCACUGG